GCUCUCAUGGCGGGACCGACCCCACAGGAGCCCAUGAAGAACCAGCAGAAGUGCAUCGCCGUCUUCGCCCUUCUCUGCUGCCUUGCCGUGCUGGUGGCGCUGAUCUUUUCAUCGGUCAACAUUUGGGGGGACGACGAGGACGGCAUCACAGAGGAAAACUGCAACACAGACUGCCGCAUCGAGCUUGUUGAGAACAUUCCCAAUGACCUCUCCCUCCCUGCGGAUGGCAGACCCCACCUCCCUCUCUCGGUUGGCUUUCACACGCUGUUGGACCAGGCGAAGCGCUCAGUUGAGGUGGUGUCACCCGUCUGGGCCUUGAACCCGUGGGACCUGGAAACAACGCCAAGCGCUGCCAAACAGGGUCAGCUUUUGUUCCAGAGACUGCUCAGCCUGAAAUCUCGCGGGGUCAAACUGAAGAUUGUCAGCAGUCUGACUAACUCUGCUGAACUGAAGACCUUGGCAGCACACAAUGCAGAGGUUCAUUUUGUCAAUAUGACGGCUCUUACCAGAGGAGGACUGCAUUCCUCAUUCUGGAUAGUGGAUCGGAAGCAUAUUUACAUCGGGAGCGCUGACAUGGAUUGGAGGUCACUCUCCAAGAGGAAAGAACUGGGGGUGGUGGUGCACAACUGCAGCUGUCUGGCUCUGGACCUCCACCGAGUCUUUUCAUUUUACUGGCAGCUUCACGAGAGGGACUACAUCCCCUCCAUCUGGUCGAAGAGAGUCACGGCCCUCUACGGGAGGCACGAUGCCCUGGAGCUGCAGCUGAACGCGGCCGAGGCCACUGCUUAUUUGUCUACCUCUCCUGAACUGUUCUGCGCUAAAGAUCGCACCAGAGAUGUAGACGCAAUCUAUCAAGUCGUCCAGAGCGCAAAGACAUUUAUCUUCAUAUCCGUGACGGACUACCUCCCUCUGGUGACCAGGAGUUUCAGAGGAACCUCAGUCACAAGGUACUGGUCGGCUAUUGAUGAGGUGAUCAGAGAGGCGGUGGUCCUCAGAAGCAUCAGAGUUCGCCUGCUGAUAAGCUUCUGGAAGAAGACUCACCCCCUCACCUUUAACUUUGUCUCCUCCCUCAAGUCGCUCUGCAUGCAGCUGCUCAACUGUUCGCUAGAGGUGAGGUUUUUUAGUCACAAGGAGCAGAAUGAUGAUAUUCAACACGGACUCAACCACAACAAGUACAUGGUGACCGACAACGCUGUCUACAUUGGUAACCACGACUGGGUUGGGAGUGACUUCGUUUACAGUGCAGGAGUCGGGCUGGUGGUCAAGAUGAAAAAUGGCCUUCACGAACGCGGAGUGACAAUCCUGGAACACGUCAAGGCUGCUUUUGAAAGAGACUGGAGGUCGCGCUAUGCUAAGAGUCUGCAGGCAAACAAAGAUCAGCAGGGAAAAUACCGAAGCCUGCAACAAGCCAAAAUUCAUAUGGAGGCUAAGGAGGAAAAAGAGUGGAACAACCCUUUAUAG